ACUCACAACUGAUGAGCUUUGAGUAAAUGUAAAAAGAUCUGAAGAUGACAUGAUGAUUGAAAAAAACUUGUGUUUGUUUUGGAUUACAUUCCUGAUCAACUCUGGAUGGGAGUACUCAUCAGCAGACAGCCCAUAAUGGAAUACUAACAUCAAGCGUCUUCUUGUCAGCUUUGACAAACAACCGUACAUUAUAUAAUAACUUUGUGUCCUGAAGAGCAAGAUUCGGAGGAGACCUCUUCCACAAUGAAAGACCGCUUGGAGGAGCUGCAUCUGAAGGCUCAACACCUUCCUGAGGCGGAUAGUGAGGCUGUGAACCCUUUCUCAGUGGAGGGAGAUAAUGAUGACUCUGUGGUGACCAUAAUGCCGCAGGCUGUGGUGUUCGAGGAAGAGCCAAUCAUUGAGAAUUUCCUGUCUGAGGCUCAGCAAAUCAGAGAUGAUAUCACAGGGCUUGACAUAGAGAUCCUUAAAUUCUGUCAGCAGCAAAAGACUCUGGUGGCAGCCAUGCGCCGUUUCAGUGUGAUGAAGAAAGAGAGCAGUAUAACCCGGGACAUCAAGCUCAAGGCAGAGAGCCUCCAACGACGCUUAGAGGCGCUUUCAAAACAGGUCCAAAGGACCGAGGAGCAGCAGGGGCCUACGUCUGUGACAACAAGAAUACAACGCUGCCAGCAUGCUGCGCUUCACCGCAAAUUCCAGCAGGUAUUGCUGCAGUAUAAUGAAGGUCUGCUGACCAAGCAGGAGCGCUGUAAGCACUUCAUUAUCCGGCAGCUGGAGGUAUCUGGAAGGGAUAUCUCGGAGAAUGAGGUCAAUGAAAUGGUGGCCACAGGAAAAUGGGAAGUCUUCAAUGAGAACCUGCUGAACGAUGCCAGAAUCACACGGUCACAACUAUCUGAGAUUGAACAACGACACAAGGAGCUGUUGAGUCUGGAGAACAACAUAAAGGAGCUGAAGGACCUGUUCAUGGAUAUUUUCAUGUUGGUGGAGGAACAAGGGGCCUACAUUGAGCACAUCCAGACCAAUGUAGAAAGGACACAGGAUUAUGUGGUUGUAACUAAUGAGAAGUUCAAGUUGGCCGCCAGAUACAAGAAGAAGAACCCACUUAGACAGCUGUGCUGCUGCUGCUGCCCACCCUGGAGAUGCUGCCUCUAAAACGUGCAUUUUUUUUAACUCAACGGCCAUUCCUAAUAACAAUUUUACUUCAAAAAGUCUCACUUACCUUUUAGGAUUGAGCAAAGUCGGAUUCAAGUACCAUUAAAAUGAAGGUUAUGGCACUGCGUUUGUCGCUGUUGAACAGAGCGAAGGUGAGGACGGAUUCAGCAGAGCAUAGAAAACAAUUAGGGGGAAAAGACAGAAUUGGUAUUUGAGGCACUUGUUUCUUUCAGAAGGAUGUGAGUCGACUGCUGUUGUAAGAGACAGUUCAGUGAGUUCUACUACCAACACUGCUGCUUAUUGGAGACCUUCACUGUCAUCUGACAGAGGUCACAAACAAGGGGAAACCACUGCCUCCGCCACUGCUUGAUCAGCAACCCUGAUUUCUUUCUUUUUUUUUAACAGCCUCUCAUCUUUUUGUCUGCCACAGAGCUCUAGUAAAUGACAUUUCUUUUUACACAGUACAUGCACUUUAAGAAUAUUGUUCCUAUAUAAAUAUUUAUAUAUAUCUAUAUAUAUUUAUCUAUAUAUAUAGAGAGAUAUAGAUAUUUUUUUUAUUUUCUUAUUAAAAUUAUUAUUUUUUCUUACAGCACAAACUCAAUUUUCAGGUAGUGGAGAAAGAUUCUCUUUAUGAGAGAUUUUGGGCCAUUAUGUAUUAAUUUCAUUCUUGGUAUGCAUGCUGAUGAAAAAAAAAAGAUAAACUUGUUUUACAAUUAGUCACUAGUCUCAUUUGCAUUUCAAAGUAUGAUCAUUUUCUAUUUUAAAAUAUUAUUCCCUUUGUCGGUUUCAAAGAGUAGGGAUUCAAGUAAAACAAGCCUUGAUCACAAUUUUCUCCAUAGUGAAAAACUGCAAAAAAAUAAAUAAUUGAAGUCAUUUGAAGGCUACAUUUCAGGAAAUAUUUAAUUUCUCUAGAUGUUUUGUAUUUUGGAGUGGAACUUCAAUUUAUAAAUUUGUUGGAGAGGUUACAUUGUUCAGAUAAAAAAUGCAUAUAUAUGUGUCAUUAUCAUUAAAAUUAUUA